AUGGCGACAGCAGCACCUUCACCCCUGGCCAGCUCAAGAGAGAAGACAAAUGGAAACAAGCUGAGCAGACUGCUUAUUGAUGGUGGAACAACGGUGUUGAGGAAUAUUUUCGAUGCUAUUCACCCUCCUGCUAACUUAACUUCUGAUCUCAAUUCCAAUUACUCUAUUCUUAGUACCCUUUUGCGCAAAAGAGUUCUAAAUGGCCAGCAGUGGGACAAACUCUUCCCUUCUGGUGGAGGGCUACCAGACUCCAACACGUUUGACAUCACUCUUCUGUUCCUUCUACUAACCAACAUUUGUAGUUUAACCCCUCCCCUGACAGGAUGGCACACCAAGCCAUCCCCUGGUGACAACUCUGUUGAGGCUAACCUUGCUCGCGUUAAGUUCUUUCGCAAUGAGUUGUAUGGUCACGUGACGUCCACAGGGGUUGAUGCGACAUCUUUCUCUACAUUUUGGCAAGAAAUAAGCACCACUCUUUAUUCGCUCGGUUUAGAUCAAGCUGAAAUUGACAGACUGAAGGCAGAGCAGGGAGGAGAGAAAGAUUACUUUGAUGCCUUAAUUGAGUGGGCUGUGUCACUUCUCCUGUAUUUUUGUGUCGACUUCCUAUAGGUGGUCUGCGUUGAAUUUGAGUCAUUUUGUCAACUUCUAUCGUUAAAUUUCUACCUUCUCGAUGCAGUUGCCCUAAGCAAAACUCAGGAUGUCUUAGAUGAAGCAGUGGAAAUAGAACUCAAAGGACAACAAGAAAUGAGGGCAGCACAGUCACGUUUAGAGGGAGUGUGUGAGUCCCAAGACGAAAUUCGUGCGUCAAUUCAAGAGGUAAAAGAGGAAGUAAAAAGCUUGACGAAAAAGAGAAACGAGCACGCAGAUGAAGUGCUAAGAACUCUUGUGAAGUUGGAAUUCAAAGGAGACAUAGAAUUUCAUGCAAACAAAUUCCAGGAAGGCACUCGUGAGUGGAUCUUCGAAAGUAUUGAAGCCGUUAGAUGA